CGAUUAGAAAUCUCUUCUCCUAUAUAUAGUUCUUCUCUCUCUUUCUUUCUCAAGUCAAGUACCCUUUAAGCUUUUCUUACUCUUUCUUCCUCACCAUGGAAACUUAUAGCCUUCUUCAUCUUCUUAUAAUUCUGUACUCUUACACAAUGGUAUUCAAUUUCAAUCAUGGUUUUGCUGCAAAGAGUUGUGAAUUUCCGGCUGUCUUCAACUUCGGCGACUCUAAUUCUGAUACUGGAGGUUUAGCUGCUGCAUUCUUUCCUCCUAACUCGCCUUACGGUGAAACGUUCUUUCACACUCCAGCCGGAAGAUAUUGCGAUGGCCGCCUUAUUAUCGAUUUCAUAGCUGGGAGCCUUGGAUUGGAAUAUCUAAGCCCUUAUCUUGAAUCUGUGGGAUCAAACUUCACAUACGGUGCUGAUUUUGCCACGGCAGCAUCAACCAUCACACCACAAGCUAGAGGAUUAACUCAGGGUGGAUUCAGUCCUUUCUAUUUACAGGUCCAAUACUCACAAUUUCAACAACUCAAAUCUCGGUCACAGAAGUUCAGGAACCUAGGAAAUAUAUACGCGGAGGUAUUACCGAAGAACGAAGUCAUUUCGCAAGCUUUAUACACAUUCGGUCAGAAUGAUCUUGGUGCAGGCUUCUUUGGUAAUCUAUCAAUAGAAGAAGUGAAUGCUACUAUCCCUGAUAUAAUCAACCAGUUUUCCAUUGAUUUUAAGUCAGUGUAUGAUGAAGGAGCUAGAUCAUUUUGGAUCCACAACACUGGUCCUAUAGGUUGUCUCCCAUACGUUCUUGCUAAUUUUUCAGUUAAACCAUCUGAGUACGACAGUGCUGGUUGUGCAAUUCCAUAUAAUACAGUGGCAGAAUACUUCAAUCAGAAGCUAAAGGAUCUUGUGAUUCAACUCAGAAAGGAACUCACCUCUGCUACAAUCAUAUAUGUAGAUGUUUAUUCAGUUAAAUAUAAUCUCAUAAGCCAAGCUUCCAAGUAUGGAUUUGAGCAACCCCAUGUAGCUUGCUGUGGUUAUGGGCUCAACAAGUACAAUUACAACGGUACUGCGGUAUGUGGAGGAACCAUCAACAUCAAUGGCACCCAAAUUUUAGUAGGAGCAUGUGAAAAUCCUUCUGUUAGAGUGAAUUGGGAUGGUGUUCACUAUACAGAGGCAGCUAACAAAUGGAUAUUCGACAAAAUCAUCAAUGGCAAUUUCUCCGAUCCGCCGGUACCCUUGAGAAUGGCAUGCAACCAGUUUGCCUAAGAAACUAUCUCCACAUAAUGAUUCAAAUGAUGUCUGUUCUAUUACUAAGUACUUCAUGUCCUACUACUUGGUUGCAAUAAAGGUUCAAAGAACAUAUGUUUGCUAGACUAGAUGUUAGGCAUAUAUCUUGAUGAUCAGAUUAAUGAGUAAGUGAUUCUAGGUCUAAAUAUUUCAUGGCAAUGGCCUCUAUAAAGGGCUGGGGCAAUUUCACUGUUAAGCAUAACUGUUACAAUGGAAUUUUGGAAUUAUUCAGAAGGCAUUAAAUUAA